UUCGGGGCCAUCCGGGUGCGGUGCCUCUUCACCCCCUGCCACACCUCGGGCCACAUGUGCUACUUCAUGUGGGAGGACGGCUCCCCGGACGCUCCGGCGCUCUUCUCAGGUACCCCCCCCACGUGCACCCCAUGGGUACCGGGGACACGGGGCGGGCUGCCUGUCCCCACNAAGGUGUUUUGUGGCCACGAAUGCACCGUCCGAAACCUCAAGUUCGCCUUGAAAGUGGAACCAGAGAAUGAAAAUGUGAAGAAGAAACUCGCGUGGGCCAAACAGCGGGACGAUGAGGACUUGCCCACGGUGCCGUCCACGCUGCAGGAGGAGUUUCUCUACAACCCCUUCCUGCGGGUCACGUAA